AUGAGGAUCAUGUCUCUGUCAAUUCGGACUCUGACAGUGAGUUGGAAAAAGAGGAUGAGAUUGGCCCUCAGCCAGCCCCAGGACCAGCCCGUCAGCAACCGGCUCAUCAGCAGCCUGCAGGAGGAGAAACAUUUUGAAAUUAACAUAAAGUCUUUUUUUGAACUGUUCAUCCCAGACAUGAUCCAGAAAAUCAUUCUGGACUGCACUAACUUGGAGAGAAGGAUUAUCCGCUUCGAUAACCGAGAGACAAGACCAGCUCGGCAGCAGAGAGAUAAGCUAGCUGCAAUCAGGUCAGUGUGGGACAAGUGGGUGGACUGCCUUCCCCUGUUUUACAACCUUGGGCCCAACGUUACUGUUAAUGAGCACUUUAUGCCAUUUAGGGGUCACACCUUCAGACGACAGGUCCAGUUGCUACGCACUGAGGUCAACCUCAACCCACCCACCCAUUAUACCACAACCAACAACAUAUCAUCACCUCUGACCUCCAUUGAGCUUGUCCAAGUGCCCCCGACCAUCUACCUCCCCACAGCCACCCCCUCAAUGCCUGAGCCCAACACCUCCCCCCCCUCCCCUCUCUUCCUCCUCACCCCCGACCCUUUCUUCAAUGGAUCCUACCACAACUGGACCAACCCUGGCGGCGGAGGCGUGGGGGGUUUCCAACUCACUAUAGCAGGGGUCCUUAUCCCCCUCAUCUAUGUAGCAGUCUGUGUGAUCGGCCUGGUGGGCAACACAUUGGUCAUCUACAUUGUUUUACACUAUGUGAGGACGGAGUCGGUCACUAACAUCUAUAUACUCAACCUGGCCAUCGCUGAUGAGCUAUUCAUGCUGGGCCUCCCCUUCCUGGCGGUCCAGAACGCUCUGCUCUCCUGGCCGUUUGGUUCUCUCAUGUGCCGUGUGGUCAUGACUGUGGACGCCAUCAACCAGUUCACCGCCAUCUUCUGUCUCACGGUCAUGUCCAUCGACCGCUACCUCGCUGUGGUCCAUCCCAUACGGUCGUCGUGGUGGAGGCGACCGCACGUGGCCAAGGCGGUGAACGCGGCGGUGUGGGCGGUGUCGUUUGUGGUGGUGCUGCCCGUGGUGGUGUUCGCGGACGUACUGGAGGAUGAUGGGAACUGUAGUAUCGUGUGGCCUGAGCCAGCCGAGGUCUGGAAGGCAUCGUUCAUCCUGUACACGUGCACGGUCGGGUUCUUCGGACCGCUACUCGUCAUCUGUCUCUGCUACCUGCUCAUUGUGAUCAAGGUGCGCAACGCGGGGAAACGGGCCCGGUCCACCUCCUCCCGACGCAGGAAGUCCGAACGCAAGAUCACCCGCAUGGUGGUUGUCGUGGUAGCAGUGUUCGUGUUGUGCUGGCUCCCAUUCUACAUCCUCAACAUCGUUAACCUGCUAAUCCUGUUACCUGGCGAAUUCCGGGGGCUGUACUACUUUGUGGUGGUCCUAUCGUACGCUAAUAGCUGCGCGAACCCAAUAAUUUACGGAUUCCUGUCCGAUAAUUUUAAGAGAGGGUUCCGGAAGGCUCUUUGUCGUUCUUCGAGGAAGGUGGAGAACCACGAGAGGGCGGCAGCCACCGAGCUGCAGCGCCCUGCAGAGCUCUGGAGGGAAAUUGUGCCCGAGCCGCGAGAUGGCCUGGGGGUCACCAAGUCUCAUGAAGGAGGGGAGGAAGAAGUGGAGGAGGAAGAGGAGAACGGGAUAGAGAUGGAGAGAAGAGAAGACGCCACUCAGAUGAGAGAGAACUGCAGGAUUGCACAGAACGGGAACGGAGGAGGACAAGUUGAGAGCUCCAGGAUCUUGUUCACUCCGGGGAGAAAGGUGGAGACGGUACCCCUGGGGCAGAGGGCUAAAGCUGGGGAGGAGGCUGGGAAAGGCCCAGGCUUAGAAUUGGGGCCUACUGUCGCUGUCUCCACUCUUGCCAAUGGAUCAAAGAGUGAAAGUAACAGGUCACUUCCAGAGACAGUGGAGAAGAGCACCAAGCUAGAGAUCAGCUACCUGUAACUCAUAAAUAAGCUUUUCCCCAAUGUCCAUACUAGUAUACCACUGAUACAGACAUAUCUUGCUGAGACUGAGGCUGUCCUAAUAUGGACACUGUACAGUGUAUAGAAUGAGGGUGAAGCUGCCCCUAGAGACGCUGAUCUUGGGUCAGUUUAACAUUUUCUCCACUCAUGGUUAAGGGUUGGGGGAGGGGAAGCUGAUCCUAGAUCUGUACCGAGGGGAAACUUUACCCAGGAGCUGGAUUGCAUGUCCGGUACAGUGACUCAUUCUAAGUAGUGAGCUACUGUGUCGAUUGGAACAGAGAUAUAUGGAUUGAAUGUAGCGACAUUGACCCAACACCUAGCAACCUUGUUAAGAGGUUUGGAGCUCUUAGGGUAACAAUUAAGGUGUUGGCUUGACAGUCACUGGACCUGGGUUCAAACCCCAGUUGGGGCUACCCCCCUAGUUCGCUAAUGUAUCAUUUCAAUUGACACUUUUGAGUAUCAACUGUGAACUUACAAUGAUACCAACUGCCUUGCCUCAAAUUCCAAGCUUUUUGGCCAAAAAUUGAUGAUCAGUUAUUUUAUUGGACUGAGAAUUUGCAAAUCUUUACAGAACAAUUUCAGUAUUACGCUUAGUGCGCAAUGUAAAAAUGUACAGAAAUGUUUGAGAAUCAUAAUACAGUUUUGAAUAGGCUAUUCAGAGAUGCACACAAGGAGAAAAACACAUACUAUAUUGUCAGUAUUUGAAUGAUGUAUCUAUGUUACAGUUUCCUAGUGCAGUAUGUUUUCAACAGUAGCCUUCAGACAGAGUAUAAAAGUAUCAUGUUACCACUAAAAUCACAGGGAACGAAGUGUUCCCUUACAUCCAAGAACAGCAUCAUGUACCAGUUCUUCUAAAUGUCAUAGAAGCUAUUUCAAUGAGAGUUCUAUACUGCCUCUGUCUGAGGCUUUACAAUACAAGUGCAAAUGAGUGUCCUUCUGUUGAAAGCGAAAGCAAACAGACAUCUAGUUCCGUUCUAUUGCUGUCUCACCUCGUCCCUGGUGGAACGUUUCAUCUAUCAGAAUGAAUGGAAUCAUUAGAGUGAAUGAUGUCACCGAAGUGCACCUGCACGAU